CGCUAGUCGGUGCCUCGGAACAUGAGGGGCAUGUCACUGCUGGUUUACAUCACCCUCCAGCUGCCGCUCUUGCGCGGCAAGCCUGCGAAUUUGCCCGUACCUCGAACUCCUCUUCUCUUCACUGCCACGUCUCUUGUGCACGAUCUCGACUUUCGCCAUGGCUGCUCUUCCCGACCUUUCACAGAACAAGGCCGUUAGGCUGGUCAAACAUGCAGCCGACAAUCACUAUGCUAUUUGCGCAACUUGUUGUUACAAUGUUGAGGGAAUCUUGGCCUCAGUGAGAGCUGCUGAGGCGAAGCGCUCACCUUUGAUUAUACAACUUUUCCCAUGGGCGGUCCAGUACGCUGAUGGUAUCCUCGUCCAUGCAGCACGGGAAGCCGCCGAUAAAGCCAGCGUUCCAGUUGCGCUGCACAUGGACCACGCGCAAACCCCAGAAAUGGUGAAGAGGGCCGCAAACUUCGAGAGAGGAUUUGACGGCAUCAUGGUCGAUAUGUCCCACUACGACGACAACCUGGAGAAGACCGCAGAACUCGUCAAGUACUGCAACGAGCGCGGCAUUAUCACCGAAGCGGAGCCUGGGCGAAUCGACGGUGGGGAGGAUGGUGUGGGGGACCUCUCAGACCUGGGGUUGGAGGCGAUCCUUACCACACCGGAGCAAGCCGAGGAGUUCGUCGCCACAGGGAUAAACUGGUUGGCUCCUGCUUUUGGCAACGUACACGGUAACUACGGGCCGAAAGGGCCACAGCUGGACUAUGAGCGCCUAAAGCGCGUACACAACAAAGUCGGGGACCGCGUCAGUCUGGUGCUGCAUGGCGCAGGCGCAGAGUGGUUCCAGGAGAAGCUGCUGAAAGAGUGCAUCGACUGCGGUGUCGCGAAGAUGAACAUCAACGACGCGUUCAACAACGAUUUCACAAGGAUCAUGCAAGAGCAGGCGGGCAAGACACCGAUCACCGGGCUGAUCGAGAAGGCGACCGACGCCAUGCAGAAGAGCAUUGAGCAAUACAUGGACUGGAUGGGCUCGACAGGAAUGGCAGACAAGAUACAAUAGAGUGAGAAGAGGAAAUACAAAGAUCCAUUCAUAUAUACAUUGAAAUCGCCAAGCGCGGGUAUCAGAAGU